AUGUGGAGCGUUGUCCUGUAUGCCAAAAAGCCCGGGACACGCGGGGCGGGGCGGAAGUGGGCGGUUUUGGUCCCGGCGGCGCCGCGCUCCGGGCGGGACCUGGCCGAGCUGGAGGGCGCCGGGGAGAGGAGUUCAGGCGGCCCCCGCGGCCCGAGCGAGCGGGCUGCCGGGGGGUCUGCGGCGGCCGCGGCGGCGCCGGCGGAGCGCGGUGGGGAUGGGGCGCCGAGCCGGCCUGGGACCGGGGCCUCGGCCCUGUUCGCGGGGCUGCAGGACCUGGGCGUGGCCAAUGGCGAGGACCUGAAGGAGACGCUCACCAACUGCACGGAGCCGCUCAAGGCGAUCGAGCAGUUCCAGACAGAGAAUGGCGUGCUGCUGCCCUCCCUGCAGUCGGCCUUGCCCUUCUUGGACCUGCACGGGACGCCGCGGCUGGAGUUCCACCAGUCCGUGUUCGACGAGCUGCGGGAAAAGCUGCUGGAGCGCGUGUCGGCCAUCGCCUCGGAGGGGAAGGCUGAGGAGAGGUACAAGAAGCUGGAGGACCUGCUGGAGAAGAGCUUUUCCUUGGUGAAGAUGCCGUCGCUGCAGCCGGUGGUGAUGUGCGUCAUGAAGCACUUGCCCAAGGUCCCUGAGAAGAAGCUGAAGCUGGUCAUGGCCGACAAGGAGCUGUACCGGGCCUGCGCCGUGGAGGUGAAGCGGCAGAUCUGGCAGGACAACCAGGCGCUCUUUGGGGACGAGGUGUCCCCUCUGCUGAAGCAGUACAUCCUGGAGAAGGAGCGCGCGCUCUUCAGCACGGAGCUCUCCGUCCUGCACAACUUCUUCAGCCCUUCCCCCAGGACGCGGCGCCAAGGCGAGGUGGUGCAGAAGCUGACGCAGAUGGUGGGGCGGAACGUGAAGCUGUACGACAUGGUGCUGCAGUUCCUGCGGACCCUCUUCCUGCGCACACGGAACGUGCACUACUGCACGCUGCGCGCCGAGCUGCUCAUGUCCCUGCACGACCUGGACGUGGGCGACAUCUGCUCCGUGGACCCGUGCCACAAGUUCACCUGGUGCCUGGACGCCUGCAUCCGGGAGCGCUUCGUGGACAGCAAGCGGGCGCGCGAGCUGCAGGGGUUUCUCGACGGAGUGAAGAAGGGUCAGGAGCAAGUCCUGGGGGACCUGUCCAUGAUCCUGUGUGACCCCUUCGCCAUCAACACGCUGUCCCUGAGCACUGUCAGGCACCUGCAGGAGCUGGUCAGCCAGGAGACGCUGCCCAGGGACAGCCCUGACCUGCUGCUGCUGCUCAGGCUGCUGGCGCUGGGCCAGGGGGCCUGGGACAUGAUCGACAGCCAGGUCUUCAAGGAGCCGAGGAUGGAGGUGGAGCUCAUCACCAAGUUCCUGCCGACGCUCAUGUCCUUCGUGGUGGACGACCACGCCUUCAACGUGGACCAGAAGCUCCCGGCGGAGGAGAGGGCCCCGGCCACCUACCCGAGCACCCUGCCCGAGAGCUUCACCAAGUUCCUGCAGGAGCAGCGCAUGGCCUGCGAGGUGGGGCUGUACUACGUGCUGCACAUCACCAAGCAGAGGAACAAGAACGCGCUCCUCCGCCUGCUGCCCGGGCUGGUGGAGACCUUCAGCGACCUGGCCUUCGGCGACAUCUUCCUGCACCUGCUCACGGGGAACCUGGCGCUGCUGGCCGAGGAGUUUGCCCUGGAGGACUUCUGCAGCAGCCUCUUCGACGGCUUCCUGCUCACCGCCUCCCCGAGGAAGGAGAACGUGCAGCGGCACGUGCUGCGGCUCCUCCUCCACCUGCACCACCGCGUGGCGCCCGCCAGGCUGCAGGCCCUGCAGAAGGUGCUGGAGCCCAGCGGCCAGAGCGGGGAGGCGGUGAAGGAGCUCUACUCGCAGCUCAGCGAGAAGCUGGAGCAGCUGGACCACCGCAAGCCCAGCCCGGCCCCGGCCGCCGAGCCCCCAGCCCUGGAGCUGCCCCUCCCUGCCGUGCCCGCCCCGGCCGGCCUCUGACACGUCCCCAACUUGCUGGGGAGUGGACAGGGCCCUGGGAGGACAUGCCCGGUCAGCCAGGAGCCCCUGGCCUGGGAUUGUCAGGACCCGUGUCUCCUGGAGGCAGAACGGUGCUCGUGGGUGGGUGGUGGCUGAGCGGAGACCCAGGGGGGUCCCCUGGGCAGGUGCCUCCUCCACGCCUCCGCCCCACCCUGACCUGACAGUCGUGUGCGUGGGCGCGGGACCGUUCCGGCCGUGAGCUCUGCCUCCCGUGUGCACUGUGGGGCCUGCAGGUGCAUGGGGGCUCGCCCCUGCUCGCCAGGGGAGUGGGCGGCUGGCGUGGGGCACAGGUUGGCAACAUUGCUGGUCAGCCUGGCCCUCUGAGGACUUGUGUGUUGGACAGUGGACAGUGCACUGCACUGGGACCCCAGGCCAAGGGGGCCCUGCCCAGGCUGAGGAAAGCCCAGGCCCCAGCUGCUGCCUCAGUUUACCCUGGGAGAGGUGUGCGCCUUCCUCAGCUGCACUCUGAGCAGGGAGGGUCAGCUCGUCCGCGGUGACUUCUGUGUCAAUAAAAGCGUUUUG